AUUCAGCACCAAAUGUGCCGUCUUGGUGGUCUGUCCCGUACCCAUUGGGCUUCACACCCGAUUGCGACAUUCCUCGGUUCCGGCCGAUUGCGACUGGCAGUGGCACACAGCCAAGGAGCUCGCUCGCCGUUGGAAGUCUUGAAGUGGCCGGGAAAUCCCUCACCGUUGGCCGUAGGAGUGGUAAGCUACUCCCGGGUUUCUCCGCGGAUUAGGUCCGGGUGCUCGCCUGAUACAGUGGCGAUACUGUCGAAAACGGGGUCUGCUCGUCCAAGAUAGUAGCCCAGCGGCUGUGGUGUACCUAGUGUCUUGGUGUUUGCACCCGGUUGCCAGAGACAAGCUGCUAUUGUCCC